AUGAUCUUCUCGCGGAUCAGGAAUCUAGUGGCACCGCUGUGCUGUCUGUUGGUUUUAAGUAGUUUACUAGUGAACAAUGUAGAUUGUGCGAAAAAGGCUACCCCGAGCCCCGCGGAAGCUACAAUCGAGGAAGUUUCGGCGAAACAGUUAGAACGGAUACUAGAGGAUAAGGAUUACGUCGCGGUGUAUUGGUAUGCACGCAGCUGUACGACAUGCGACACAGUAUUAGCCGAACUCGAGCACAUAGACGAUGACACCGAUUCGUUCGGUGUUGAUUUUGUUAAAAUCAACGACAAACGACUAGCGAAACAGUAUGGCAUCACGAAAUUCCCCGCCCUCACCUACUUCAGGGAAAAAGAGCCCAUCAUCUACGAAGGUGACCUGAUGGAUGAGGCCGGCGUGCUGGAUUUCCUCACUUCCCUCGAAGCGAUGGAUCUGCCGGAUCGGAUCGAGGAGGUCAACUCCAAGAUUCUGUCUAAAAUCAUCGCGGACUCCGACUACGUAGCCGUUCUCUUCUGCACAAAUCACGAAAACUGUCCACCCGGAAACAACAACAAGCCCGAGUGUAAAAAAUGCAUCAAGGCACUGCAGGAGCUUGAAAACAUCGACGAUGAAGCCGACGAGCUAGAGAUCGGCUUCGUGAAGAUCCACGAUGAAGCUCUUGCCGAAGAAUACAAUCUGGGACCACUGCCAAAGUUGGUAUACUACCGGCAUCAGACCCCCAUCGUCUACGAGCAUGAACUUCAGCGAGAAGAGGAUGUGCUGGAAUGGCUCAUUGAAAACAAAGCCACCGGCGAUGACGACGAUGUGAUCGAAGAAGUCAAUGCCAAAACGUUGAAGACUUUGAUUGCCAACAUUGACAAUCUUGUCGUCCUAUUCUACGACGAAGGAGACGAAGAGUCGGAAAAGGUCCUACAGGAGUUGGAAAACAUCGAUGACGAUUGCGCAAAGCACGGGAUCCAAUUCGUUCGCAUCGACGAUGCAAAGGUGUCCAAGGAGUACGGUAUUGAUGACAUCCCGGCUAUUGUCUAUUUUGAGAAAGAGAUUCCAAACGUGUAUGAUGACGACCUUAGCGACGAAGAGGAAAUCCUACGAUGGUUGUUGUCUCAGCUGGAAAAGGACGAGAUCGAAGAUGUUACCGACGAAAUGCUUGAUAAGCUGAUCAAGGAAGGAAAAUCAGUGGCCGUCCUGUUUUACGAUAACAACGAUAAAAAAUCGGAUAAAAUCCUCAACGAGCUGGAAAAUAUCGACGAUGAGUGCGAUCAGUUGGGAAUUAACUUUGUCAAGAUGGACGAUACCGAGGAAGCUAAGGAUUACGGAGUGACCAAAUUCCCCAAGCUAGUCUAUUUCGAGCAAGGGAUCCCAACCGUGUUCGAGGGCGAUAUGGAAGAUGAGGAAGAGGUUCUAGAAUGGCUCGAGCGUCAAACAAGUUCGGACGAGAUCGAAGAUGUUACCGAUGAAAUGCUCGAUAUGAUUGUGGAAAAAAUGCAGCAUGUCGCGGUGUUGUUCUACGACAAAGACUCCAAGACAUCGCAGAAGGUACUGGCCGAACUGGAAAACAUCGACGAUGAGUGUGAUCAAAAUGAUAUAGCUUUCGUAAAGAUUGACGAUGAUAGUGAGGCUCUUGAAUGGGGUAUUGAAGAACUGCCAACUAUGAUCCUUUUCGAACGCGGCAUUCCACACAUUUACGAAGGAGAUCUGAUGAAGGAAGAGGAGCUGUUGGGCUGGCUUGUACAUCAAAAGAGACAUUCUGAAAUUCCUGAGAUCACUGAUGAAAUGAAGGACAAACUAAUGCGUACCUACGAUCACGUUGCUAUCAUCUUCUACGACAAAGAUGAUAAACAAGACAUUCGCGUGCUAAACGAGCUGGAAAACAUUGACGAUGAGCUCGAAAAGGAAGAGAUCGUCAUUGCUCGUUUGGAUAAUGCCGAAGAAGCUCGUGAGUACGGUCUGGAUCAUCUGCCGGCACUGGUGUACUUCGAGAACGAAAUUCCUGCCAUUUACGAGGGUGACUUGAUGAACGAGGAAGAAGUCCUCGAAUGGUUGAAGUUGCAGAAGUACUCCGCCACUAUUGAGGAGGUGACGGACGAGAUUCUUCAGGAUCUCAUCGAAGAUCAUGAGUACGUUUGCGUUUACUUCAGCGGUGCUUGUGAAGAGGGUGAAAAGUGUGACAAAAUCCUUGACGAUCUGGAGAACAUUGACGAUGAAUUGGAUGAAGCCGGUAUUAUAUUCGUCACCACUGAAGAUAUGCUCACCGCUAAAAAGUACAAUGUUAAAUCACUGCCAGCGCUCGUAUUUUUCCGAAACAAAGAUCCAUUAAUCUAUUCCGGUGAUCUCAACGACGAAGAUGAAGUUCUAGCAUGGUUGACUGAUGAAGAAACUUUGGAAAUUCCCGGAAAAAUUGAAGAAGUCAAUAUUAAAAUGCUAGAGAAAAUUCUAUCAGAAAACGACCACAUCGUAGUCUUCUUCUACAAUGAUGAAGAUAAAAAAUCAUUGAAAAUCAUCAACGAGCUAGAAAACAUUGAUGAUGAAUGCGAGGAGAAGGACAUUGACUUCGUCAAGACUUCCGAUGAUGACAUUGAUAAGGAGUACGAUCUAGAAACACUGCCAGCACUGGUGUUCUAUCGCCACAAAUUCCGCACCAUCUACUCUGGAGAUUUGAUGAACGAGGAAGAAAUCCUGGAAUGGGUUUUGCAGCAGUAUGAAUCGAAACCGGAGGUGAUUGAAUCGGUUGACCGCAAAACUCUACAAGUGCUCGUCAACGAAGUCGAACAUUUAGCUGUUCUGUUCUACGAUGAUGAUUGCGAGACGUGUCCAAAGAUUCUGGAGAAACUGGAAACCAUCGAUGAUGACACAGAUAAGCACAACAUUCAAUUUGUCAAGGCCAACGAUGAAAAACUUGCACAUGAAAUUGGCAUCUUUUCUUUCCCCGCACUGGUCUACUACGAAACUGGUGUCCCGAUUAUGUAUGAUGGUAAUCUCAAAAACGAAAAGCGCAUCUUGCAGUGGCUAGUUGAUCACAAAAGAAAGUAUGAUAUCAAAUUAAAGUACAGCGGCGGUCAGAAGAAAGAACGUAAGAUGGUAGUUUUUUCUGAUCCAGAAGAAGACGCGCGACUAGCGCGCGAACUAGCGGAAGCUCGGGCACGGGCUGGUGUGCCAGAAAAAUCCAUCCUAAAACCACCGCCUGGCGUCCCUGUCAGUGUACUGUACAAUCCCAAACCAUUAGAUACUAAGUUACCGAAGUCUUCUAAAUCUAAACAAAAAGAAGUCUCCGCACGCGUUGACCGAGAAGACCGUAUCGACAAGCGCCAGCCCCGCCCAAGUGGGUUAAAACCAAUUCCUAAGUUACCAACUGCCACCAACAUCAUCACCACAUCCACCAAGUCUGUACCAUCACUCAAAAAGACCAAAGAUAAAAGUCAAGAAAAACCCAAACCGCUAUUCAGACCACUGCCCAAACCUGGGGAAACAAAACCUCUACCCGUCCCCGUAUCCGUACCGGCGAAACCCAGCCCCGGGAAAAGGAAAUCCGAUGACGAAGGUGAUCUGCUCAACGAAUACGAUGUAGUAGACUGGAUGAAGGAUCAGAAAACAGACGAAAGCAUAACGGAAGUCGACCGCGACGAGCUGCUUGAAUACAUUGAAACAAAGGAUUUCCUAGCUGUUGUCUUUUAUUUAGAGGACGACGAAAAUAGUCCCAAAGUUCUGCGCCACAUCGAACUGAUCGACGACGAAGCUGCCGACUACGGUAUUCUGCUGGUGAAGUGUUCCGAUAAGCUGAUGGCCAAGAAGUUUGGCUUCCGCAAUCCACCGGGAGUAACGUACUUCCGCAAGAGUAAAGCCAUCAACUACGACGGUGACAUCGACGACGAGGAAGAACUGCUCGAUUGGCUUACCAACCCACACAACAUGGAGAUGACGGAUCACAUCGAGAAGGUCAACCGAAAGAUGUUCCAGAAAAUUCGACAGGCUUCCGACUACUUGGCUGUGUUCUUCUACAGCGACGACUGCAAACAGUGUCCCCGGGUACUGACGGAAAUCGAACACAUUGACGAUGAGGCGGAUGGAGCCGGUAUUAACUUCGUUAAGAUUGACGACAAACAAAUGGCCAAAGAGUAUGGCGUGUACGCACUUCCCGGUAUCGUAUUUUUCAAGCUCGGAUCGAAAGAUCCUGUUAUCUAUGCCGGAGAUCUUAACGACGAAAAUGAAAUCCUCAACUGGUUGAUGACUCAGAAAAAUCCAGGUGGAGACAUCAUCGAGGAUUUGAGUGGAUCAAAACUGCUGAAACUUAUCGAGGAAUCCAGUUCGCUGGCUGUCUAUUUUUGGAACAAGACGACUUGCGAUAUUUGCAAUUCAAAACUCGCUCGUAAGCAGCGAAAACCGAAGGAACGUCGAAGCUUGUUACUUGAAACUUCGGUAGAAGCAGCUGAAGAAGUAAUCUCAGAGGAGGCACCAAUAUCAGAUAGCACCGCUUCAACAACUGAGGAUUCGGACAACUGCGACCAAUGUAGUGGAGUACUAGAAUCUCUAGAAAAUAUUGACGAUGAUUGUGACCGACAUGGAAUCAUGUUCGUAAAGACGGACGACUUUGCCAUUGCGGAGUAUUAUGGCAUUUUCGAAUACCCAGUAAUGGUUUAUUUUGAGGAUAACAUCCCAAAUGUGUUUGAAGGAUCUUUGGAUGAGGAAGAAGAAGUGCUUCAAUGGUUGAUAACACAGAAAACAGAAGAUCGAAUCGAACUCAUCACUAGAGUUAUGUUAGAAACAAUGGUUGAGGAAACUCAGUACCUCGCUGUAUAUUUCUAUAAACACCAACCACCCUCUUACUGCCGAAGUUUUUGUUCAGCUGAAAACAUUCGUAAGCGACAGGAAAUGACUCGGGCGGGCAUAUCAGACAAAAUCAACUGCAACAUCUGCGAUCAGAUUCUAGAGGGCUUGGAAGUGAUUGACGACGAGCUGGACGUAUUUGGUAUUCACAUGGUCAAAAUUAUGGACCCACAACUGGCAAAGCGUUACUCGAUCAAAACUUUCCCGGCAGUGGUCUAUUUCAGAAACGGUAAUCCACUGAUCUACGAAGGUGAUCUGCAGAGUGAGCAAUCGGUUCUCGAAUGGCUCAUCGAUGACGACAACCGUGAGUUAGCCGAUGAGAUUGAAGAAGUUAACGAACGUAUGUUAGAUCGAUUGAUGGAGCAAUCUCCUUUGCUUUGCGUUUUCUAUUACGACGAAGACUGCCAAGAAUGUGAAGAUAUUCUGGAGGAACUGGAGCUCAUCGACAGUGAGGUGGACCAGUACGGAAUAGAUUUUGUUAAAGUAGCUAGCCUUGAUGCUGCUCACAAAUACGGGGUAACUACCAUUCCUUCACUGGUUUACUACAGGAAACAAAUUCCUAUGCUCUACGAUGGCGAUCUACACGCUCACGAACGCGUAAUGAAUUGGCUGACAUCGCAAGAUGUUUUCGAAAUUAAAAACGAGAUCGAGGAGGUUAACAGAAAGAUGCUGAACAAGCUACUGGAUGAAAACGAUUUUCUUGCAAUCUAUUUCUAUGAAGAAGACCAUGCAGAGAGCGAAGCCGUGCUGCAAAAGCUGGAGCUAAUAGAUAGUGAAACGGACAAUUUGGACAUUACCUUCGUAAAAAUGGGCGAUCCAAGGUACGCUCGGAAAUGGGGCGUAACCAAGUUGCCAGCCAUUGUGUACUUCCGAAAACGCUUUCCAAGCAUCUACCGCGGAGAUAUGUACGACGAACAAGAUGUGCUGGAUUGGCUCCGCAAAAACCGUUUCCGGCAACCAGAACUUAACGUUCUCAUGUACGGAUGCAUCGCGACCGCACUGGGAUUUGUCAUCUAUACUGCAUUUUUACUGCAGUGCUUCAAACCAACGCCUCCAGCACCAGUGCAGCAUCCUAAGCAGAACUAA